ACCACGAAGAAGGGGAGCCAGAGAGCCAGAGUAGGGGGGUGGGGAGGGGGAGCCCAGAGAAAGAAAAAAAGCCGGGUAGCAAAUCCUGCAGCAGCGAGACAGUCGUCCCCUUAUUUCCAGGAGGUUCGUGGAUCUGGGGAGGGAAAUCCGUCUCGAUUCUCCAGGAGACCCCCCCCCCUCUUUUCCCUCCCCCACUUUAAACAAGAUUUACCGACCGCUACGAAGAAAAAUCGCUCUCGGGGCUGCCCCCGCUGCCGCGGCUGCUGCUGCUUCCGUCCGCUGCUGCUGCUACUGCUGCUGCCGCCACCAUCGCCGCCGCUGCCGCCGCCGCCGCCGCUGCCGCCCGGGGGACAGCCAUGGAAGGCGAGAGCUCCGCACCUGUUCAGCUGAAAUCAAGGGCUUACCGUAUACUAGGCAGUCUGGUUUGAAAAAGCGAGAGCCAAGCGACCCCCAAGAAAGAUAACUGGAUUUUCAUGGCGCAGGCGGCAGAGCUUAGCACGAAGACGGAAGGUUGCAUCCCAGCUCUAACCAUCUCUAACUGUCUAGGUCCUGGUCAUGAGAGAUUGUGUUAAGGAUGAACCUGUGGAAGCCAUCUCCAAAUUAGCUAUCACAUAUGGAAACUGGAGACCAGAAUUUUAGGAAAAGGGAUUAAGGCAUCUCUUUUUGGGGGGGUGGGGGGUGUCUUUUUUAUUUUUCCUUUUCUUUCUUUUUUUCUUUUUCUUUUCUUUUUCUUUUUGAUACUGCAACUGGAACAGUCUCUGAUCUCAAAAGGCAAGCCUCUCCUCCCGUGUGGUCUUUAUAAUUUACAGUUUUCCCUUGGGCUUUCUUACCUCCUUUUUUUUAUAUUCUAUAUAAUACAUAUAUAUACACAUGUACCCAUUAUAUUCUUAGUGGAGUUAUUAUUCUUUGAUUUGAUACACACACUCUCUCUCACACACACACACUCACUCCCAAGAAUCCGAAGUCAGUUUGGGGUAUUUAUAUAAUGAAGAAUUAUGGGGCUGUUUGACAGAGGUGUUCAGAUGCUUUUAACCACCGUUGGUGCUUUCGCUGCCUUCAGCCUGAUGACCAUAGCUGUGGGGACCGACUACUGGCUGUACUCCAGAGGGGUUUGCAAGACUAAAAGCGUCAGUGAGAAUGAAACCAGCAAAAAGAACGAAGAAGUCAUGACCCAUUCUGGAUUAUGGAGAACCUGCUGCCUGGAAGGGAAUUUUAAAGGUCUGUGUAAGCAAAUCGAUCACUUCCCUGAGGAUGCAGAUUAUGAAGCCGACACAGCAGAGUAUUUCCUCCGGGCUGUGAGAGCCUCCAGUAUCUUCCCCAUCCUGAGUGUGAUUCUUCUUUUCAUGGGGGGACUCUGCAUUGCAGCCAGUGAGUUCUACAAAACCCGACAUAACAUCAUCCUGAGUGCCGGCAUCUUCUUCGUGUCUGCAGGUUUGAGUAAUAUAAUCGGCAUCAUUGUGUACAUAUCAGCCAAUGCUGGAGACCCUUCCAAGAGUGACUCCAAGAAAAAUAGCUAUUCUUACGGUUGGUCCUUCUACUUCGGGGCCCUAUCCUUCAUCAUUGCCGAGAUGGUGGGAGUGUUGGCCGUCCACAUGUUUAUCGACCGGCACAAACAGCUUCGAGCCAAUGCCCGUGCCACGGACUACCUCCAGUCCUCCGCCAUCACUCGCAUCCCCAGCUACCGCUACCGCUACCAGAGACGAAGUCGCUCCAGCUCCCGUUCUACCGAGCCUUCCCACUCCAGGGAUGCUUCCCCUGUGGGUAUCAAAGGGUUCAACACUCUGCCCUCCACAGAGAUCUCGAUGUACACCCUUACCAGGGACCCCCUGAAGGCUGCCACCACCCCCACCGCCACGUACAACUCCGACAGGGAUAAUAGCUUCCUCCAAGUUCACAACUGUAUCCAGAAAGAGAACAAGGAUUCUAUCCACACCAACACAGCCAACCGCCGGACCACCCCUGUAUGAAGCCAAGGCCCAGAGCUCCAAGGAGGGGCCAGGGGAAAGAGGCCAGGGGAACAGGCCGGCCAGGCUAGGGUCAG